AUGAAUGAAGCUUGCCUUAGAAGACAAUUUACACAGCUGAAGCAAGUAUAUCACCAUGGCUACAACAUUAUCCAUGUUGCCGCCCAACAUGGUCACCAUGAUUUCAUCGAGGCGGCUUUGCGAAGCCUUCAAGCAGCUGAUCGACGAAAUCUCAUUUGUGGCACCAACUCUGACGGGGAUACCCCUCUUCACAUUGCAGCGACACAGCGUACGCCAGUGAUCGCUAAACAAUUGAUCGACUUGUACCGGAAAUUGAGUUUUCCUGAGGAUGACAAGGCCCCUUGGAGGAUUCGGAAUAAGGAUGGGAACACCCCUCUCCAUGUAGCCUUACUGAAUGGAGGGUGGAGUGUUCGGGUUGCUGCGUACUUGCUAGAGAUUGAUCAUGGAUUGGCUGCCUUUACUAACAACCGCAACGAAGCUCCACUCCAUCUCGCUGUUACAUAUGUUCACCAAGGUACUGACAUGUUAACCAUAAAAAUGAUAAACACGCUUAACUGCCAAAGGGGAGCACUGUCCAGCACGAAUAGUCAUUUUGUUGAUGAAAAUGAAGACGACUCAAUCUCUUUGGUAAGGUCUUUAUUAGAGAAUCACAGCGAGAUCGGUUGUUUAUGUGAUGCAGAUGGGAUGACCCCUCUACUUAGAGCAGCAUUCAGCUCUAAUUUAUCGGUUGUUGAUGUCAUAAUUAACAAUUGUCCCGAGUCAAUAGUGGUAUGUGAUCCCAAAGGAAAAAAUGUGUUGCAUUACAUAAGAUUUCCGACUACCUUACAAGCAAAGGAAUUUUUGGAAAAGGCAGAAAUUCCAGUGUUGCUGAUUAAUAAACAGGAUCAUGACGGGAACACACCUAUGCAUAUAGCUGUCAUGAACCAUGAUUUUGGAACGGUCAAAGCCAUGGUUCGACAUAAUGCUAACUUUUUCCUACAAAAUAAGGAGGGUGUUUCUGUACAAACUCUUCUUGAUCAAUUUGCCACCAACAAGCUGGAUGUUUCAGCCGAAAUUCAAUUUCAGUCAAAAUCGAACGAGUUUCGUGCCUUAGUGGAGAAGGCAAACGAGAAAGAGGUAGUAAAAGAUGAGCUUAUGAGUAAUGAUUUGUAUAAAGCAGUUUGUAAUCGGGAGUGGCAAACCUUAAGAGAAAUGCUAAACGAUGAAAAACAAUUUCUUUCUCGACUACUCGACGGAAGCAACAUCAUCCAUUUAGCAAUUCAGGGUCUCAAAACAUAUAAGUUCGCUAAAGAUUUUUCCAUAUUUGAGUCUCGAUCUGAACCUUAUCCAGAAGAAGAGUUGAUUGUGGAUGCAUUGAAAAAGUACCCGAUCCUUUUCUGUCAAACAAACCACCUUGGCGAAACACCUCUUCAUCUUGAGUCGUUUCACAGGUAUGAGUUCAAAUGUCUGAGAAGAUAA